AUGCCUGAUCAGCCUGAUACUCGAAUGACUGGUGAACCUGCUAUCUUGAUGCAUGGUUUGCCAUUUUCCGCGCUCCCUGCUCAAGCUCUUAUCUUUGCCGCUGAUGAAACUGAUACCUUGAUGCAUCGCCAACCUAUUAUCUCGAUGCUUGGCCAAGCUGAUAUUCUUAUGUCUGGCUCCCCCCCCACCUUCAGGAGUGAUCAACCUGCAACCUUGAUGCGUGGUCUGUCCCCAUAUUUGAUGCCUGGUCAAGCUGCUACUCUUAUGGCUAGUGAACCUGCUGCCUUGAUCCCUGGUGCAUUUGCUCCCUUGAUUCCAGGUCAAUUUCCUGCCUUGAUGCACCACCAACCUACUACCUUGUGGCCCGGGCCAUCUGAUUUCAUGACUCCUGGACAAUCUGAUAUCUCGAUGCCUGGUCGGCCUGCUUUCUCGAUAGUUGGUCGACGCGUGAUGGGAGGAGCACUAAGUGAGUUCAUUCUUAAUUUCUGUGAAACCAUUCUGAUGACAACAGGGAAUGACUCAGCUGGGCCCAGCGACCCGCCUUUUCCUCAAAUUCUAGCACGACUCCCCGUUCAGCAACCUGUCUUUCAAUUCGACGCUGCUCUUUUCCAGCCCAUCGUGACCAAUUCUCCUGCUCCGGCACCCGCUCAGCCUACAUGGGACGGCUCAUCUUUAAUCUACCCACAUGCACCGACUCUACAUCCUCAGGAGGUUCAGAACAUCUAUGAACGCUGUACCGACCUGAUCGACUUGCUCCGCACGAUCAAUACUCAUUUGAAUGAGAGGGAGGCCCAAAUCAGUAUGAGCCUCAAUGAAAUGUGGGCAGAGAAUGCUGAUAUCCGCAAACGUGGACUCAUGGGUGGAAUUGCUCGUAAGCAGCGUUUGAGGAUGGCAUACGUGCCUGUUGGAACUACUGCAGAAGGAGACAAGGCGCGCCGAAAGGCAGUCGAGAAGCGGGAUAAGACAGGCCGCAACCAGCUCAAAGGAGUCGAUGCCUUGAGGCAGAUCUUUGAAGAGGGCCACCAUACCCUCAGAAGAAUGAUGGCCGAUUGUAACGUGUUGACCACUUGGUCAGAGGCCCUCCGCGCCUAG